AUGGAGCUUUUCCGCCAGGCCUUCAGGACAUUCCUUCUAGUGGGAGCGCCAAAGGCAAAUACAAGUCAGCCUGGAAUUGUACAAGGAGGUCAAGUUCUCAAGUGCAGUUGGAAUUCCAACAGAAACUGCCUUCCUAUCAUAUUUGAUUCUACAGGCAACAGAAAUUUUGCUGUGAAUGAUCCAUUGGAAUUCAAGUCAAACCAAUGGUUUGGAGCAUCUGUGAGAUCUAAAGAUGAUAAAAUUCUGGCAUGCGCACCGCUGUAUCACUGGAGAACUGAACAGAAACCAGAGCGGGAACCUGUGGGAACUUGUUAUCUUCAUGAUGGGUCUAAAGCUGUUGAAUAUGCUCCCUGCAGGUCAACAAACAUUGAUGCCGAAGGACAAGGCUUCUGUCAAGGGGGAUUCAGCAUCGACUUCACCCAGGGAGACAGAGUUCUUCUUGGAGGACCCGGAAGCUUUUACUGGCAAGGCCAGCUCAUCUCCGAUCAAGUGGCUGAGAUUGUGUCAAAAUACAACGCCAAGGUCUACACCACCAAGUACGAUAACCAGUUAGCAACCCGGGCGGCAAGUGCUACUUUCGACGACAGCUAUUUAGGUUAUUCAGUAGCUGUGGGAGAUUUCAAUGGUGACGGCAUAGACGAUUUCGUCUCCGGUGUCCCACGAGCAGCGAGAACGUUGGGCUUGGUGUCCAUUUACGAUGGGAGAACCAUGGCGUCUUUGUAUAAUUUUACCGGAGAACAGAGAAGUCUGACGCAGCGGAGCAAGAGGGGGCAAGCUGCAUGUUUGCUCCUGAGACUGCAAAGACAUUUGCGGAAACGAGGGAAAGUGGCGGAGGAAUACAGCUACACAGAUUUGCUUAUAGGAGCCCCCCUCUUUAUGGACCGUGGUUCCGACGGCAAACUUCUAGAAGUGGGCCAGGUGACUGUGUAUCUGCAGCAAGCGGCUGGAGGCUUCCUCCCCACGAAGCUGAACGGCUUUGAGGUCUUUGCGAGGUUCAGCAACUCCAUUGCACCUCUGGGAGACCUCGACCAAGAUGGCUUCAACGACAUUGCAGUGUCUGCUCCUUAUGGUGGAGAGGACAGGAAAGGAAUGGUUUACAUCUACAAUGGGAGAGCCACCGGUCUGAAUGGAGUACCAUCUCAAAUCCUCGAAGGACAGUGGGCCUCUCAGACGAUGCCACCGAGCUUUGGAUACUCAUUGAAAGGAGCGACUGACGUGGACAAAAAUGGCUACCCAGACUUGAUCGUAGGAGCUUUUGGCGUUGACAGAGUUGCCUUAUAUAGGGCCCGCCCAGUCAUUACUGUAAAUGCGGUACUGGAAGUCGCCCCGUCCAUCCUCAAUCCAGAGAGCAAAUCCUGUGACCUGACUGAAAGCGGCCAGAAAGUUUCUUGCUUUAAAGUGAAAUUCUGCUUAAAUGCUGAUGGCAAAGGAAGCCUCCCCAGGGAACUUACUUUCCAUGUAGAGCUGCUGUUGGACAAACUCAAGCAAAAAGGUGCCAUCCGGAGAGCCCUCUUUCUCCACAACAGACAGUCCGGCCACUCUAAGAACAUGACAGUCGUCAAAGGAGGCCGAAAGCACUGUGAAGAACUGUUCGCUUUUUUAAGGGAUGAAUCUGAAUUCAGAGACAAGCUUACUCCCAUCACUAUAUUCAUGGAAUAUCAACUGGAUUAUAAAACAGCUGCAGAUUCAACUGGUUUACAGCCCAUCCUCAACCAGUUCACUCCUGCAAACAUCAGCAAACAGGCUCACAUUCUUCUGGACUGCGGUGAAGACAAUAUCUGUCGUCCGGAUCUGCAGGUGGCAGUCAACAGCGACCAGAAGCAGAUAUAUAUCGGUGAUGACAACCCUUUAACGCUCAUCGUGAAUGCCCAGAAUCAAGGGGAAGGAGCCUACGAAGCAGAACUCUUUGUUACCGUCCCUCCUCAAGCUGACUUUAUUGGCAUCGUUCGUAACAAUGAGGCUCUAGCGAGGCUGUCCUGUGCCUUUAAGACAGAGAAUCAGACACGGCUGGUGGUCUGCGACCUUGGAAAUCCCAUGAAAGCCGGGACAAAACUUUCGGCAGGUCUUCAUUUCAGUGUGCAUCAAGAGUCCGAGAUGGAUACCUUCGUGAACUUUGACCUUCAGAUACGUAGCUCAAACUUAUUUGACAACCUAAGCCCAGUGAUAUCUUAUCAGUCGGACCUGGCUAUCUUAGCAGCUGUCGAAAUCAGAGGUGUCUCCUCGCCCGAUCAUAUCUUUCUCCCGAUACCCAACUGGCAACCCAAGGAGAACCCAGAAACAGAAGAUGAUAUUGGGCCUCUGGUUCAACACAUCUAUGAGCUCAGAAAUAAUGGCCCAAGUGCCUUCAGCAAAGUGAUGCUUAAUCUUCAGUGGCCAUACAAGUACAACAACAACACCUUGCUGUAUAUCGUCCAGUACGAAAUUGAAGGGCCCAUGAACUGCACGACAGAUAUGGAGAUCAACCCACUAAAAAUUAAGAUGUCAGCUACUGGACAAGACGAAAAGAACGAAACGUCGAACGGAGAAGAUAACCGUGGUCACCAUAUCAACCGGCGGGAUUUGAAUGCUGCUGAGGGAGAUGUACAAACUUUGGGCUGUGGAACUGCAGAAUGUUUGCGGAUAUUCUGCCAAGUGGGUCGCUUGGAAAGGGGGAAGAGUGCGAUUCUGUAUUUAAAAUCUCGCCUCUGGACUCAGACCUUCAUAAACAAGGAAAACCAGAACCAUUCGUACUCGCUCAAGUCAUCUGCGUCCUUCAGCGUGAUCGAGUUCCCGUACAAGAAUCUCCCCUUUCCUGAAGACGUUCACAAUUCUACAAUAGUCACCACAAAUAUCUUGUGGGGUAUCCAGCCAGCUCCCAUGGCAGUGCAAAUCUGGGUAAUCAUACUGGCUGUCCUAGCCGGCCUGUUGCUUCUGGCUCUCCUGAUCUUCGUUAUGCACAGGAUGGGGUUCUUCAAAAGGGUGCGGCCGCCUCAGGAGGAACAAGAAAGAGAACAGUUGCAGCCCCACGAAAAUGGAGAAGGGACAUCGGAGGCCUGAACAGUGUUUUUAGCUGUGUCGUUUACUGAAACACUUAACAAUUGCCAACGUCUUCCUUUCCAAAUAGUCACGUUUCCCUCUUAAGGGACAGAGAAACCCAGGACUGCGCUGCAAAAUGUCCCGUCGAACAUUGGGCGUGGUCUCAACUUAACUGCAGAAUCCA